ACGUGUCCGGGGGAACUGGCACGAAUGGCCACCCUACAGAUAAACGCAUGAAAUCUGUCAAGAUUUCACCAGAAGAUUAAACAACUCCAUAAACACCAAUCUUCACUUAUUUCAAACCAUUUUGCAACAUUAUUUUUGUCAUACAUCUACAAAAGCUCUUCAUGAAAAUUAAAUUAAUAAUUAUUUGUUAUAUUGAAACCAAUUUAGAGACAGAGCCACAUCUGGGCCACCACCCUUUAUUUGAUAAUCUCUGGGUCAAAUCUGGGCACACUCGUCAUUUCUACUUACACUAUGACGUCUGUUUGUGUAGGCCAGAUCUGUGCUGAACGCCCAGGCAUAUACUGGACUACAACUACACUUUGCUACAAUGAAAAGUUUUUUAUUUGAUUUGAAUAUCUGAUGCUUUUUGUUUUGUUGAUUCAGUGUCAAGACAGAGGUUGCAGUGAAGGAGUCUCCAUAUGUGCAAAUAAAUUCUCGUGGCUUAAUGUGGACAAUGGAUAUGUUAUCUCUGACCACAACCUGUAAGAUGGAUCUCUACAACUUUCCAUUUGACAUACAAAUCUGCAAUUUAACUCUUCAAUCUUUAACCUAUACAGAAGAUCAGCUACAAUUGACGGAAGACGGAGACAAGGAUUUCACUGCCCUUGAAUCCAAGAAGGUCUUUCAGACUGAGGGAGAGUGGAAACUGAUCAGUAUAAAUACGACAACAACCUAUUCCGAGACUUUGUGGAUCAAUAGAAGUCGCAGUACAUUUGAGAUCACCAUCAGGAGGAGACCUCUGCUGUAUAUCAUCAACUUAAUUUUUCCAGUAUUCUGUGUCCUUGUUCUGGAUGUUGUCUCCUUCUUCAUAAAGGCAUCUGUAGCAGAGAAGCUGGGCUUUAAAGUGACUUUACUGCUGGCCAGUUCUGUGUUACUGCUGAUUCUUCAUGACAAGCUGCCAUCUACCUCCGAAAAAAUCCCAUUGAUUGGGGUUUACUGCGGUGGGAUUUUCACACUUAUUGGCAUAAGUAUUCUGGAAACCAUCUUUGUGAAUUUUCUGAUUUCUAAAGGAGAAGAAACAAAAUCAGAAGCACCAGCGGAAACCAAAUAUGCUGCUACUGGUCAUGAUGAUGGUGUAGACACGUUUCCCAUGAGAAUUGAAGAGCCGACAUGUACGGUCAACACUCAGAAGAAGGCAUCACUAUACUGGAACAGAGUGGCAAAAAUCAUAGAUGAGAGCUUUAUUGUUCUAUACAUUAUCACUGUUAUUGUGUUUCUGUCUGUUCUUGGCAAGAUGUGGUUUCAUUUCGAAUAACCUCUUAUACAACCUUUUAGUGUAUGUGGCUCCCCAGUGUUUGUUUAAUUCUAUUCACGUCCCUUUAAAUUGGACAUUCAUGAAAAUCUGACUUUUUUCAUGUUUUAGUGCUGGGUCCCCAGUGCUUCUAUCAACAUAGAAAAUUUUGAAUCAUGAAUUAACGGAUUGCUGGAAAUAGUCUUCAACGAUUUCUUAACAGGAUUUGCCAAGAACGAAUGACAUUGGCGAUCACGUAGUUAUCAACAACAAAACAAUAACCAGAAAGUAGCCACAGUAAAACCAGCGGAGCUAAAAACAAUACCGGAAUCAGUAGCGCCUCCUAGUGGAGCUUACAACAAUAAUCAUUUAAAUCACAUAACAAUUUCUUUUGUUGGAUAUUUUAGUGAAAAAGUGUGACCCGGGGGAUUAAAUGCUUAAACAUUUAAAAAAAUAAUAAAGUAAAAAAAAAAACUUACUCAUUUUAGUUAACAUUUUUAACCUACAAAAUCCAUAACUUGGGAAGUUGGGAAUGCUCUGAGGAAUACCCAUCUUUGCUUCUGAAUAUUUAGUCACUGUUCAAGUUAUUAUUGUUUGUUUUGGUAUACAGGGACACUUUCAUCUACAAAAUGCUGUUUCGGGUGUAUUUUUAUGGUGGAUUAAGUUCAUUUAAUGAUUGUCGUGGACUAUGUCAUAAAGUUUUGUGUUAUAUCAAUAAGUUUGCUAUAGACCCUUUUACAACACACAUGAUCAAAUAGCCUGCCCGCAUUUAGGCAACAGAAGUGGUGUUAUUCUAAUGUGUUAGCAACUCAAAGUUGAUCAAAACAGUUUACCAGCAUCAAAAUGUCUGGUUGUUGCGUUUGGUUGCACUAAUAUAACAUAAUAAUAUACGUAUGUAUCUGGCAACUUUAUUUUUGGCCAUCUGCUAAAAUCUUCUAUCCACUCCACUAUAAUACACGGAUCUUGUAGCUGUGUUGAAAAAGUUGAUAGUGUAAACUUUUUAAAAUAACAUUGUCUGUGUUGCUUCACUGCUGAUUCUUGUCAUACUUCCGUUGCCAAGAUGCGCGUGCAUACGCUGCCACGUCAUCAUUGUGUCCAAACAGUAAAAAGGUCUAUAUGAACAUAAAUUAAUGUAUAACUUUAAAUGUAAUGUAGUUUAAGAAACUAAGUGUCUAAUUUGUUUUCUUUAUACUAAUACACUUUAAAACCUUUAAGUUUGCAAUAAUUAACUGGUAGCAGCUUUACCUGCACAGUACUGUUUAGUUUACAGUUUUUACUGUAUUAAGAUUUACAGUGUAAUACUACAAAUAAAUGUGCAGUUCAUUACUGCAUUCCUGUACAUUUACAACACAACACAACAGUAAAUUACUGUACAUUAACAGUAUGUCAAUUGCAUUUAAUUUACACACUGUAAAAAUACUUUGCUGCAUUUUUAAAAUACUGUAUUUUUACAGUGCAGAGAAAAACAGGUAACUGAGUUCCUGGCCAUGUAGUGUAUUUUACAGGAAUGCUGCUGUACAAUGUAAAAAAAAAAUGCAGCAUGAUGUUAAAACAGCUUGAUUUUGCAAGCCAAUUCAACCUACUCUUUUAAGUUUUGACCUGUGAUAAGUUGACAUAACUCAAAAAAAUAGUUGUUAAGUUAAAGUAACUAAAAAUUAUAUGUUGAUUUGACAAAAAUGCUGAUUUUUUACAGUGUACAUCAUAUUUGCCAAACAUACGGUAACACUUUAUACUACUGUUUCAACUUAAUAGGUAGUAACAAAGGAACUAAUCUAGUUACUAAUGGUUAGUUCUGCAUUAACACUGUAGUCACUGGAUAACUAAUAAGUAAGUGUGAUUAACUAAUCAGUAAGUCAAUGCACACAUUUGUUUGGGGUAAGUAACAAUUAGUUACUUGUUACUUAUUUAUUAGUCAUUAUUAACUACUAAUUGGUGGUGGUUGGGGAGAUUCCCCUGUUCAUAUGUAAAGCGCUUUAAGUACUGAGAAAAGCACUAUAUAAAUGUAAGGAAUUUUAUUAAUAAAAAUGUAAAAUUAUUAUUAUAUUAAAUGCCUCCUAGAGAAUUACACAUUAACCAAUACUUAUUUAAAGUAACUAUGAAUUUCCUACUUUUCACAGUCCUAGUUUGUUUUGCCUGUUUCUCCAUGUUUUUCCCAGUCAUCAUCCUCCAGACAAUCAUCCUCUAUUUCCCACAAUCCUCUUUACUCCCACACCUGAACUGUGUUUGUUAUUAUCCUUACCUGACAUUUAUGAGGCUCAUCACUCCAUUGCCCGUUCUCUUCUUUGCAAUGUUUAGACAUCUAUGUAACAUUCUAGUUAAGUUGGUGCAUGUUUAUUGUAUAUUCAAGUCAUUUAUUCAUUAAAAGUUAUGUUUGUUUUAUCCCGUUGUCCUCACCUUCAUCCUCCUAU